AUGAGAGACUCUGUGAGUGUCGCGCGGACACCCCCCAGUAUAGCUCAAUGGGUCGCCGAGGCUAUCUUCCGUCAGGACAUCUCUUGGUUUGAUCAACAGGCCGUUGGAACCCUGGUCAAUCAGCUGGCUGAUGACACUGCAAACAUACAGUUAGGAAUAGGAGUCAAAUUGACUGAAUUUGUGCAGAACAUGUCCAGCUUUUUUGUGGGUCUUCUCAUUGCCUGUAUAAGUGCUUGGAAGCUCGCUCUCAUUGCCUGCUGUAUGCUCCCUUUCAUUAUGAUUGGGUUCGUUUCCUUCGGUGGACUGACACAUUAUUUCAUUCGGAAGGAAUCUGAGGCCUACGCGAAGGCAAAUGCGAUUGCUGAAGAAGUAAUUUAUGGAAUCCGGACGGUCUUGGCUUUCGGUGGCCAACGUCGAGAAGAAGAACGGUAUGCACAUCAUUUGAAUGAGGCUGUAAAUGUUGGCGUGCGGCAAGCUAGUAUCUUUGGUCUAGCGGCGGGCUUUAUCAGCCUGUCUGUAUACUCCUCAGCCGCACUCGUUUUCUGGUACGGCAUCAGCUUGUUGCGUGAAGGAGAAUAUGAUGCUGGAUCCGUUGUUCUGGCUAUUUACAACUACAUCCUAUAUGAAGCCGCAUCAAAUCGGUCCGUUUUUCUAAAUGUGAUCAUCGGAAGUUUGUUCCUAGGCGGUGCUUUGCCUAAUUUCCGCUACUUCUUUGCGGCAAAGGCCUCCGCAAAGCGGGUGUUCGAGAUAAUCGAACGGGUCCCUCCAAUUGAUAAAAAUAAACAAGGCUUAAAACCCGACAACUUUUUUCAAUCUUUGAAAUUUACCGAUGUCACGUUUUCUUACGCGACGCGACCAGAUAAAGUGGUGCUGGAGAAAUUCAAUCUCUCGAUUGAACACAGUCAAACGGUCGCUUUGGUUGGCCCUAGUGGUUGCGGCAAAAGUACUGUGCUUAAUCUCUUGCAACGCUUGUACGACCCGGUGUCUGGGACUAUUGAGUUCGACAACUGUGAUUUGCGUGACCUCGAUUUGCAAUGGUAUCGGUCGUUAAUAAGCGUGGUUCAACAGGAGCCGGUUCUAUUCACCGGGACCAUCGCAGACAAUAUUCGCAUGGGGAAGCCGAACGCUUCUAUGGAGGAAAUAAUCGAAGCAGCAAAACUUUCCAAUGCGCACAAAUUUAUUGCAAGCUUCCCUGAGGGCUAUGAGACCAAAAUCACACAAGGAAGCACCGCCCUAUCUGUGGGCCAGAAACAGCGAUUAGCUAUCGCUCGGGCUCUAGUGAGAAAUCCUCGCAUCCUCAUUCUGGAUGAGGCAACCUCUGCGUUGGACGGUCAGUCAGAACAACAGGUUCAAGCUGCUCUGGAUCAGGCCUGCGUUGGGCGCACUGUAUUCAUUGUAGCUCACAGGCUGUCCACAGUGCGUAAGGCGGAUUUGGUGGUUGUCAUCGAAAACGGACGAAUUUCAGAAUCUGGUACGCAUGAAGUAUUGAGUGGUGCGAAUGGUCUAUACUCCGCUAUGCUCAAAGCUCAGCGACAAGUGUCCAACGAAUACGACACCUCUCUUCAUUUGCAAGGAGAUAAGACAGAAGAGUAUAGCUGUUCUCCUCUUGAUUCCGCUGACGUAAAGGCCACAUCGCCCCUGACGGAUGUCGUUGUGACGUCCUAUGUUCCAGACAAGCAAACGGACAACCUUAGUCCAGUGGCUCUGAAAGUUGUACCUCCAGGUUCCAGUCGUCGCACUCAUAGUUCAAGUGCAUGGAUGCGCGUGUUACGACUGAAUCAACCUGAAACGGGGUUCCUCAUUUUUGGUGCGUUGUCCGCUGCCCUCACCGGUGCCCUUCAACCUAUCUUUGCUGUCCUCUAUUCUGAAAUAUACGCAGUGUUUACGAUGACUGAUAACCCUACAGAAAUGAACAGUCGUGUGAAUUACGUUGCUGGUAUUAUGACACUUUUGGGUUUUCUCCGUAUGGCGAGUUCAACUUUUCAAGCAUAUUGCUUUGGUGUUGCUGGACAGCGCUUGACGCGAAGACUGAGAAAAAUGCUAUUUCAUGCCAUAUUACAACAGGAGACGGCUUGGUUUGAUGAUCCAGAUCAGCAAGUCGGCACAUUAACGGUGAAACUGGCGUCGGAAACUAACAAAAUACAUCCGGUGUGUGGUUCUGCAAUGGGACGCAUUAUCGAGUCUGUGGUCCUCGUCGCCUUCUCACUGACAGUCGGGUUUUGUUACAACUGGAAGCUUACAUUGAUUGUUGUCAUCUUUUUCCCGGUCAUUAUGCUUUCCAGUUUUCUUCAGACUAGGCAACUGAGGAGGUCACCGGAUUCGGAUUCCAAGACUUCUGCUACUCAGGUGGCAUACGAAGCUCUCUCAGCGAACAGGACGGUUGCAGCUUUUGGUUUGGAAGCCUACUUCUAUGAAUGCUAUUCCGCUUACCUGCAUCCCGAACUAAGAUCUCGAGAACGUGAAUCUUUUGGUUUUGGUGUGGUAUACGCUCUGGCCCAGUCCUUGCCAAUUUGUUCGUACGCUGCUGCAUUCUCUUUUGGGGCCUACCUGAUGUCUCAUGGUGAAAUUGCAUUAGUUUCUAUAUUCAGGGUAUUUGCCGCCAUCAGUUUCGCCGCGCAAGCCCUAGGACGAUCGUCUCACCUAGGGACGGAUUUACGUAACGCUGCCCGCGCCUCCACUCGAAUUUUCCAAAUAUUGGACAGAGAGCCACGGAUCCCUGUUUCCGAAGGCAUGACACCUACGUCAGCGCUGAACGAGGUACCAAUCGUUUUCAACAAGGUUUCUUUCAGCUACGCUUCCCGUCCAGCGUCUAAAGUCCUCAAUUCAUUCACACAGACGAUCGGUCCUGGUCAAACAGUUGCCCUAGUCGGGCACUCUGGGUGCGGAAAAUCCACCGUUUUCAAGCUGUUGCAGCGACUCUACGACUGCACACCGGCACCGCGGACAGAUGGUUGUGGCAUAUUUGUGGGCAGUUAUCGCAUAGAAACUGUUUCUCCCACUUGGCUGAGACAGCAGAUAGGCAUUGUCGAUCAAGAACCACAUUUAUUCGAUCUCACCAUUCGUGAGAAUAUUGCAUACGGAGACAACUCACGGGACGUAACAAUGAGUGAAAUAACCGAAGCGGCCUCCCAUGCGCAGAUCCACGACUUUAUUGCAAGUUUACCCCAUGGAUACGAUACACCAUGUGGACAACAUGGACGCGAAUUGUCUACCGGGCAGAAGCAACGAAUCGCCAUUGCUCGUAUGUUUAUCCACCGUCCAAAUGUGCUGCUACUUGACGAGGCGACCUCAGCGCUGGAUCCCCCAACAGAGAAAAAGAUCCUAAAUGUCCUGAACGAAUUCGCAACGGACAGAACGAUGUUCCUAAGUGCCCAUCGGUUAUCAGCGAUCGAAGGAGCAGACUUGGCAGUGGUUUUAGCUGAUGGAGUUAAGGUAGAAGCAGGCAAGCCAGCCGAGUUGGCCCAGAUGAAUGGAAUCUAUUAUUCUCUGUAUUACACUCAAACAAGAUGUGUUUGAAAAACUUUUUGCAAUUGAUUGGAAACACUGCUUUUGAUCUAAUUACAAUAAUGCUAUCCAGCUACAUCAUUUUGUUCUUUCUUAAUGG